AUGAACGGCCACCGCGGCUACUGCCAGGAGCCCGACGUCUGGCAGCAGGCGCCGGUCCUCACGGGCACCACGCAGUUUGAGCCUCGCCCAGAUGUCCGCAACAUCAUGAUUACCGGCGGCGCGGGCUUCAUCGCUUCCUGGGUCGUUCGCCAUCUCACGCUCACGUACCCCCACGCUUACAACAUUGUGUCGUUUGACAAGCUCGACUACUGCUCCUCGCUCAACAACACCAGGGCGCUCAACGACAAGCGCAACUUUACCUUUUACCAUGGUGACUUGACCAAUCCCUCCGAGGUCCUCGACUGUAUGGAGCGAUAUCACAUCGACACCGUCAUGCACUUUGCCGCCCAGUCACAUGUAGAUCUGAGCUUUGGCAAUUCGUACAGCUUCACCCACGCAAACGUCUACGGCACUCACGUCCUGUUGGAAAGCGCCAAGAAGGCUCGCAUCACGAGAUUCAUUCAUGUCUCAACAGACGAGGUGUAUGGCGAGGUUGGCCACGGCGAGGGCGAGCUGCAGGAGUCGAGCAUUCUGGCUCCAACUAAUCCCUACGCCGCAAGCAAGGCGGCCGCCGAGAUGAUGGUGCACUCAUACCACAAGAGCUUCAAGCUACCCACCAUUAUUGUACGCAGCAACAACGUCUAUGGACCCCACCAAUAUCCCGAGAAAAUUAUACCUAAAUUCAUCUGCCUGCUGAACCGCGGUCGGCCUGUGGUUCUUCACGGCGAUGGCAGCCCCACACGGAGAUAUCUCUAUGCUGCCGAUGCCGCGGAUGCCUUUGACACGAUUCUUCACAAGGGCCAGACCGGCCAUGUGUACAAUGUUGGCUCGACCGACGAAAUCUCCAACCUCGAGCUUUGCGGCAAGAUCCUUUCCGCCAUGGAAAUUGGUCACGAUACUCCCGAACAAUUCCGCAACUGGGUCAAGUACACCCACGACCGCCCCUUCAACGACUGCAGAUACGCCGUGGACGGCUCAAAGCUGCGGAAACUGGGCUGGGAGCAAAAGACUACGUUUCAAGAGGGCCUGCAGAUGACGGUCGAAUGGUACCGACGCUUUGGCGAGCAGUGGUGGGGAGACAUUAGCCACGUUCUUACCCCUUUUCCCAUUGUUAGCGAAGGCGAAAUUGUCCCGGAUGUCGAACACCUCGUCAAGGACGACCCACCAACACCCGUGGAACGUUCUUUGGCAAAGGGCAUUUCCCAGAAAGCAAGCUAA